UGCGAGCAUCGCGGUCAUCGCGCGCUUGGAAUUUCGUCGAAAAAGUGAAAUCUUUUAUCGUGACCACUCAGGUGUGUGCCGUAUAUGUGUCCGUGUAUGUGUGCGGCUCGCUUAUAAUAGCCGAUUACGCGACACGAUAUACAUAAUAAUUAAUAUAUAGAUAUAUAGUUAUCGUGCAUUCUAAAAGACCAACGAUUAUGUUGCUGUGCAAAUUGUCGUUGCGCAAACUCGCGCGCCGGCUAUUGUGGCCCAAUACUGGCGCGAGCGCAACAACCACCACCACCAGCAACAGCAUCACUGCCGGAGGAGGCAGCAACAAGUCUUUGGCAAGUCCUUCCUGCGAUCAUCAUCAUCGGCAUCAUGGUUUGACAUCGUCGUCGUCGUCGUCGCUGUCCGCGUCGUCUGCCGUUUCGUCGUCGUUGGUUACAGUUGUACAUCAACGCGGCGGCGGCAUCGUCAGCAGCAUCAUGCAGCGUUUCAAUAAUCAUCAGAGGUGCAACGACAGCGGCAGCAGCCGCCGCAGCAGUCGUUCCUCGUCCGCCGCCUCCGCAUCGCCGGAUCUCUUACCGGUCGUCUUGCUCAGCGCGCUCGCAAUACCGUUAUCAAUGCUCUUCUGGACUAUCAAUGUCGCUUACAACUUCGUCUCGCCCAACAGCGCCGAGCGAGAACAAAAAGACGAUUAUGCCGUUAUAUCGCCCUGGAGAUGGCUAGCAGCUGUACUAAUUCCAAUUCUCUGUGCUCUUUGGGGCUUGAAGAGAAAAAGCAUCGAUUUGAAAGGAUCAAUUCUAGGUUUUUUUAUGGGAUUCAUCUUGACCCUGACUAGUUUUUCACAUUUGGCCUGUCUGAUGGCAUUCUUUUUCACUUCAUCUAAGGUUUCAAAGUUUCGAUUGGAAAGGAAGAAAACUAUUGAAGAACUCAAAAAUGGAGGUCAAAGAAAUUGGAUUCAAGUAUUAUGCAAUGGAGGCAUGGCAGCACAGCUGGCAAUUUUAUACUUACUAGAUGUUGGGUGUGGUGAACGACCAAUUGACUUUGUUAAAGAUUACAGAAGUUCAUGGCUCUCGAUUGGAAUAAUGGGAUCAAUGGCUUGUUGUAAUGGCGAUACAUGGGCAUCAGAAAUUGGCACAGUUGUUGGAAAAUCAGAUCCUUUUUUAAUUACAAGCAGAAAAAGAGUUCCUAGAGGAACUAAUGGUGGUAUAUCUUGGCUCGGACUUUUAGUUUCUGCGUUAGGUGGUCUAGUUGUAGGACUAUUUCACUAUGUAACUGUAAGAUAUACUGUAGAUACUGCUGUUUUAGAAAGAGCUGCUCCUCAAUGGCCUAUCAUAAUAAUGGGUAUGGCUGGAGGAUUAAUAGGAAGUAUUAUAGAUUCAAUAUUAGGAGCAACAUUGCAAUACUCAGGUAUCAAUGAAAAAGGUAUAGUUGUAGAAAGACCUGGUAAAGGUGUAAAACAUAUAAGUGGCAGACAAAUUUUGGAUAACCAUAGUGUAAAUCUUUUAUCAAGCAUAAUCAUUGCCUUAACUUUACCUAGGAUAGCUAAUUUAGUGUGGCCUUAAUAUGAUAUUAGACUUGAAUUUAUCUAUGGGUAAAUCAAAUUAACUUAAUAGCAUUUAUUAUAUUAUCAGAUAUAUAGUGAAAUAUCAAAUUAUUUUGAACUAUUUAUAGGAGAUUGAAAAUACUCUUGCAUUGGAGUCUAAUGUAAUAACUUUUUCAUAAAUACUUUUUUUACUUGUAUGUUAUAUAAUACACAAAUGUGGUGAAAGAAAAAUAUGCCUGAAAUUGUAAAUGAAAGUUUAAAUUUUCAAAGUAUGCAUAGUUAGUAUAUGUCUAGUGCACAUUUAGCUGCACAUUUAAUUUGUAUAGAUGACUUUUAUACUAUAUUUUGUAUAUAUUAUGAACCUAUUUUUGUAAUAAAACUCUGAUAAUCAUAUUAUGAAACUGAAUAGUUGAUAAGUUCUAUAAAAAAGUCAGGUCUAGAUGUGAUAAAAUGGUAAUAUUCAACUGAAACGUUCUACAAUCGGAUAAAUUAUGUUUGAAUAUCAAGGCUGAAAGUAAAUGAAUUUAUAAAAUUAUUAAGUACCAAAAAUUAGCAAGAAAUAUGAAUUUUCACUUGCGAAAAAAUAUUUGUUAUGUAAUAUAUAUUUUAUACUCCAACUAUAACAAUACACCAAAAUUAGGACAUUCAAUCACACGUUUGAAUUUGUGAACAAAAUAAUACUUUGUCAAGUUGAAGUUUUACAAA